ACGCCCGCCUCUACGGCUCAUAUCAACCGCGCGCCCAUCGUCUGCCUCUGGACGACUGCAUCGCCAGAGCCAACACAUUCAUCUCGCGCCCCAUCUAUCGAAUCUGCCCCUCCUUCGUGCGGGGUAUUUGGGCACUUCCCCACCACUGAAUUUUCGUAAAAGAGAACAGUUCACAACACCGCCAAUAUGGUCAACUUCACGGUCGAGGAGAUCCGUGGUCUCAUGGAUGACCCCAAGAACAUCCGUAACAUGUCCGUCAUUGCUCACGUCGAUCACGGAAAGUCUACCCUCACCGACUCUCUCGUCCAGCGUGCGGGUAUCAUCUCCGCCUCCAAGGCUGGAGAGGCCCGUUUCACGGAUACCCGAGCCGACGAGCAGGAGCGUGGUGUCACGAUCAAGUCGACCGCCAUCUCCCUGUACGCCCAGCUCAAGGACGUCGAGGACCUGAAGGACAUCCCCGUCCCCACCACCAAGAACGACUUCUUGAUCAACUUGAUCGACUCGCCCGGUCACGUUGAUUUCUCGUCUGAGGUCACUGCUGCCCUCCGUGUCACCGAUGGUGCGCUCGUUGUCGUCGACACCAUCGAGGGUGUCUGCGUCCAGACCGAGACUGUGCUCCGCCAGGCUCUUGGUGAGCGCAUCAAGCCCGUCGUCAUCAUCAACAAGGUCGAUCGUGCUCUUCUCGAGCUCCAGCUCACCAAGGAGGAUCUGUACCAGAACUUCUCCCGUGUCAUUGAGUCUGUCAACGUCGUCAUUGCCACUUACUACGACAAGGCUCUUGGUGACGUCCAGGUCUACCCCGAGAAGGGCACCAUCGCCUUCGGUUCCGGUCUUCACGGCUGGGCCUUCACCAUCCGCCAGUUCGCCAACCGAUAUGCCAAGAAGUUUGGUGUCGACAAGAACAAGAUGAUGGAGCGUCUUUGGGGUGACAGCUACUUCAACCCCAAGACCAAGAAGUGGACCAAGAUUGGCACUCACGAGGGUAAGCCCCUUGAGCGUGCUUUCAACCAGUUCAUCUUGGACCCCAUCUUCCGCAUCUUCCAGUCGGUCAUGAACUUCAAGACCGACGAGAUCCCGACUCUGCUCGAGAAGCUUGAGAUCAAGCUUACCAGCGACGAGAAGGAUCUCGAGGGCAAGCAACUUCUCAAGGUCGUCAUGAGGAAGUUCCUUCCCGCUGCCGACGCUCUCCUCGAGAUGAUGAUUCUCCAUCUUCCCUCUCCCGCUACUGCCCAGAGGUACCGUAUGGAGACUCUGUACGAGGGCCCCCACGACGACGUCAACGCCAUCGGUAUCCGAGACUGCGACGCCAACGGUCCCCUCAUGUUGUACGUUUCCAAGAUGGUGCCCACCUCCGAUAAGGGUCGUUUCUACGCCUUCGGUCGUGUCUUCUCCGGCACUGUCAAGUCUGGCCUCAAGGUCCGCAUCCAGGGUCCCAACUACGUUCCCGGAAAGAAGGAUGAUCUCUUCAUCAAGGCCAUCCAGCGUACCAUUCUCAUGAUGGGUCGUUUCGUCGAGCCCAUCGAGAACGUGCCUGCUGGUAACAUUCUCGGUCUCGUCGGUGUCGAUCAGUUCUUGCUCAAGUCUGGUACCCUCACCACCAACGAGACUGCCCACAACCUCAAGGUCAUGAAGUUCUCCGUGUCCCCAGUUGUCCAGCGUUCGGUCGAAGUCAAGAACGCUCAGGAUCUUCCUAAGCUCGUUGAAGGUCUCAAGCGUCUCUCCAAGUCUGACCCUUGCGUCUUGACCUACAUCUCCGACUCCGGUGAGCACGUUGUUGCCGGUGCCGGUGAGUUGCAUUUGGAGAUUUGCUUGAAGGAUCUCGAGGAGGACCACGCUGGUGUCCCUCUCCGUAUCUCCGACCCCGUCGUGCAGUACCGUGAGACUGUCGCCGCCACUUCCAGCAUCACUGCUCUGUCCAAGUCGCCCAACAAGCACAACCGUCUCUACGUCAUUGCUCAGCCUUUGGACGAGGAGGUCUCUCAGGCGAUUGAGAGCGGCAAGAUUGCCCCCCGUGACGAUAUCAAGGCUCGUGCCCGUAUCCUAGCUGAUGAGCAUGGUUGGGAUGUCACCGAUGCCCGUAAGAUUUGGUGCUUCGGUCCCGACACCACUGGUGCCAACUUGCUCGUCGAUCAGACCAAGGCUGUCCAGUACCUGAACGAAAUCAAGGACUCUGUUGUCUCUGGUUUCCAGUGGGCCACCAAGGAGGGUCCUGUUGCUGAGGAGCCCAUGCGCUCCAUCCGCUUCAACAUCAUGGAUGUCACUCUCCACGCCGAUGCUAUCCAUCGUGGUGGCGGUCAGCUCAUCCCCACUGCGCGUCGUGUGCUCUACGCCGCCACUCUCCUCGCCGAGCCCGCUCUGCUGGAGCCGGUGUACCUGGUCGAGAUCCAGGUGCCCGAACAGGCCAUGGGUGGUAUCUACGGUGUGCUCACCCGCAGGAGAGGUCACGUCUUCGAGGAGAACCAGCGUGUUGGUACUCCUCUCUUCAACAUCAAGGCCUACCUCCCCGUCAACGAGUCUUUCGGCUUCACCGCCGAUCUCCGCUCAAACACUGCUGGUCAGGCCUUCCCACAGCAAGUCUUCGAUCAUUGGCAGAUUCUCCAGGGUGGCUCGCCACUUGACGCGACAACAAUGGUUGGCAAGAUUGUGCACGACAUGCGGAAGCGCAAGGGUAUCAAGGUUGAGGUUCCGGAUGUUUCCAACUACUACGACAAGCUAUAGAGGAAAGCUACCAAAAUUGUUAGAUUUCCUUUCGUUGCGAUUAUGGGGCAUCCUACAGUCAUGGGCAAGUUCGUGGCCGCUGGUCGUUGUUUGACACAAACGGCUCCCUUUUGGAGCAACCAGAACUAGUAAAUGUCGGUCCGGGCAGUUGGCCCAUGAUUCCAGCCGGGUUAUCAGUGGGCUUUGGUCUCAAGAUACGGAUGAUGAACCCUUUUCCUUGCAUGUUCUGAGUGUAAUAUAGUUGGAACCAAAUCAAGCUAUAUUGCACAG